CACUAGACAGCACGAACACAUCUACUGCAGCACAACCUGGUCAGCAUGAGCGAGCAAAGAUACCCCGUCGAAAUCCAGCUUGUUGGAGUGAUGCAGAAAGAAGUAGUUAAACUGUACAUGACCACUGUACUCUGGUCAGAUCAAAAUGAGAUUACUGUGUACAGAUCGCUUGAAGACUUCAAAACCCUCCAUAGACAACUCAAGAAGAAAUUCCCUCCAUCAAACCCCAUUAGAAGGUCCGGAAGGAUUAUUCCCAAAUUUAAAGCUGCAAGAGUGCAGAAGAGCAUGCAGAAGUGGAGCCCCAGUAAGUCAGUGCUCAGACUGAAGGCUCUGGAUGAAUACUGCGGUGAACUGCUGAAUAGCGAUCCUCGUAUCUGCCAGAGCUCAGAGCUCCUCCAGUUCCUGCUUCCCAAAUCCCAGGACCUCGAUUCUGACUUUGCAAAAAACAGUAUCGUGAUCAUGCCAUCAGAGACCUCUCUGGGCAGCAGUAAUCCUGGAAUGAACAAUGUUACUCAACCCUUUGUUGCUGAAACAUACCGGUGCAUAGCUACUUAUGAGACCAAGGACACCAAGAAUCUACCCUUCAAUGUUGAGGUGGAUGAGACUGUGGAUGUGCUCAUCAAGGACCGAAAAGGAUGGUGGCUGGUGGAAAAUGAAGCCAAAUGCCUGGCUUGGUUUCCUGCUCCGUAUCUACAGAGAGCUGAGAUGGAUGAUGAUGAUGGUCCUGAUGUGAUGGAUGGCGGAAGUGUUUUCUAUGUUGCUGCCAAAAGUUACAAAGCCACGAACAGUGAUGAGCUGUCAGUGGAGAUCGGGUCUGUGGUGGAGGUGUUACAGAAGUCUGACAACGGCUGGUGGAUAGUGAGGUACAAUCGAAAGGCAGGAUUUGUCCCAUCUAUGUACCUGCAACCGUACAGUAACCCACGGAUUCGCCUGAUGCCCACUAAGAGGGAGAUGACCAGCUCCACUUUUGACUUGGCACAGCUUCAGCGCCCCGGAGAAUAUUCCCUGCAGGUCUCCGGCCGAGAGCUUAGCAGAUCCCAGGGCGACCUGGGACCUCUGGGAAGCACCUCGGUCUCACGUUUGGCGAGUGGGUUGCCGUCAACCCGAGUGCAGUUUGCCAAGAACGGUCCUCAAAGCAGUCUGAGCGACGACAGCGAAGCGUUCAGUGACGAAAGCAGCUUCUCCGGCAGCGAUUCGCUAAAUUGCUUGGAUUCGGAAGAGCAUUUAUGCCCGAGUCGCACCCCUACGCCUGACUCCUCGGGCAGCCUAAGUCCUGAAAGUGCUGGAGAAGACAAGAUGAUCAGCAGCAGAUCAGACUCCAGACUCCACAAGAUGCCCUCCACCCCUAAGAUCCCACCCAGACCCCAAGCUCAGGAGAUCCUCAAACGCUGCACCACCGUCACACGCAAAAACCUCCAGAGAACCAGUUAGGGCAAUGUCUCACGCACUUUACGUUACAUAACACACUAUUGUCCAGCCAGGACAGUUGCUUGAUGCUAAUGUGAUUAUUUGAUGGGCUAAUGCGCAUUUAUUGCAGUAGAACUACGUCUAGAUCUUAUUCUUGGAAGAGAAUAUUGCGUAUGUUACAAAUGAUUGAUCGACAUGUUUCUAAAGAAACCGCUCUUACUCUAAUAGAUUAAUGUUCUUUUACUA